CCCGCCAAUCAGGCGGCUCAGUGUGUCAGGAAGUGCUUGGCCUCUCGCGCUCCUCUCUCCGUGUUUGGAUCAUCUGCGGCUUCUUUUACUUUGAGACGUUUCUGUUUUUUUUUCCCGCGCUGGACUGAAGUGAGUGGUCGCGCGGACAGACCGCGCUGUAGUGACCGGAGGAGGAACACCUGCCGAGAGCCGAGCUGCACCGAGCGAAGUGACCGAAACUCCGCCGGACACCUGCCCCCCCCUCCACCCGGGAACAUGCGGACUGACACACUUCACCUGGAUUAGAAGAAGAAAUUUUGGGUUCUAGUUAUGGUUCUGUUCGCGGUUCCGUUCGUGGUUCUAUUGGAUUCUUAAUGGGAACAGAAACAGCGUCGUAGUUUGUUCGCACAGGGAGAGCACGAGCUGAAGAUGUCUGUGAACGAGCUGUACACAAAGUUCACUCGGGUCUGGAUCCCGGACCCUGAGGAUGUGUGGAGAGCUGCAGAGAUCACCAGGGAUUAUAAAGAAGGAGAGUCGGUUCUCCACCUCAAACUGGAGGAUGAGACGCCUCUGGAGUACUCCAUUGGUCCGAAGAGUAACCCUCUUCCCUUCCUCCGUAACCCCGACAUCCUGGUGGGGGAGAACGACCUCACUGCUCUCAGUUACCUGCAUGAACCUGCCGUCCUGCACAACCUCCGAGUCCGCUUCCUGGAGUCCAACCACAUCUACACCUACUGCGGGAUAGUGCUUGUGGCCAUCAACCCGUACGAGCAGCUGCAGAUCUACGGCGAGGAGGUCAUCAACGCCUACAGUGGACAGAACAUGGGCGACAUGGACCCGCACAUCUUCGCUGUGGCGGAGGAGGCGUACAAACAGAUGGGCAGAGACGAGAGGAACCAGUCCAUCAUCGUCAGCGGAGAGUCAGGAGCGGGAAAGACGGUGUCUGCCAAGUACGCCAUGCGCUUCUUCGCCACAGUGGGAGGUUCAGCCAACGACACCAACGUGGAGGAGAAGGUCCUCGCCUCCAGCCCCAUCAUGGAGGCGAUUGGAAACGCUAAAACCACUCGAAACGACAACAGCAGUCGCUUUGGGAAGUACAUCCAGAUCGGCUUCAGCCGAGGGUUCCACAUCAUCGGAGCCAACAUGAGAACAUACCUGCUGGAGAAGUCCCGGGUCGUCUUCCAGGCUGAAGAUGAGAGGAACUAUCACAUCUUCUAUCAGCUCUGUGCUUCAGCCUCUUUACCAGAGCUGACAGAGCUCAGCCUCACCAGUGCAGAGGACUUCACCUACACGUCUUUAGGAGAGAACAUCUUCAUCGAGGGAGUGAACGACGCCGAAGACUUCAAGAAGACCAGAGAGGCCUUCGGUCUGCUGGGUGUGAAGGACAGCAGUCAGAGCAGCAUCUUCAGAGUCAUGGCGUCCAUCCUUCACCUGGGGAACGUAGAGAUCUGCUCGGAGCGAGACGGGGAGUCCUGUCACAUCUCGAGGGACGACCCCCACCUGAAGCACUUCUGCCGGCUCCUGGGGGUGGAGCUGCAGCAGAUGGAGCACUGGCUCUGUCACAGGAAGCUAGUCACUGCCUCCGAGACCUACGUCAAGACCAUGUCCAGCAAAAUGGCUGCCAACGCCCGCGAUGCGCUCGCCAAGCACAUCUACGCACGCAUGUUCGACUGGAUCGUGAAGCACAUCAACAAGUCGCUGCACACGUCCUCCAAGCAGCACUCCUUCAUCGGCGUCCUGGACAUCUACGGGUUCGAGACGUUCGAGGUGAACAGCUUCGAGCAGUUCUGCAUCAACUAUGCCAACGAGAAGCUUCAGCAGCAGUUCAACUCUCACGUGUUUAAGCUGGAGCAGGAGGAGUACAUGAAGGAACAGAUCCCCUGGACUCUGAUAGACUUCCAUGACAACCAGCCCUGCAUAGACCUGAUCGAGGCUCGGCUCGGAGUCCUGGACCUGCUGGAUGAAGAGUGUAAGGUGCCGAAGGGGACAGAUCAGAACUGGGCCCAGAAACUCUACAAGCAGCACUCCAGCAGCGUCCACUUCCAGAAACCUCGUAUGUCCAACACCUCCUUCAUCAUCAUUCACUUCGCUGACAAGGUGGAAUAUCAGUGUGAUGGCUUCCUGGAAAAGAACAGAGACACGGUUUAUGAGGAGCAGAUCAACAUCCUGAAGGCCAGUCAGUUCCAGCUGGUAGCGGACCUGUUCCAUGAGAAAGACGACCCUCCCCCCUCCAAGUCGUCCAGAGUGAAUGUCCGGCCGGCGAAGUCAGCGCCCCGCGCUCCCAACAAGGAGCACAGGAAGACGGUGGGACACCAGUUCCGCAGCUCCCUCCACCUCCUCAUGGAGACUCUGAACGCCACCACGCCUCACUACGUCCGCUGCAUCAAGCCCAACGACUUCAAGGAGGCCUUCUCGUUCGACUCAAGGCGAGCGGUGCAGCAGCUCCGCGCCUGCGGAGUCCUGGAGACGAUCCGUAUCAGUGCGGCCGGAUACCCGUCCAGGUGGACGUACCCAGACUUCUUCAGCAGGUAUCGAGUGUUGAUGAGGAAGUCCGACAUGACGUCAUCAGACAAGAAGCUGGUGUGUAAAAACCUGCUGGAGACGCUGAUUAAGGAGCCCGACAUGUUCCAGUUUGGAAAGACAAAGAUCUUCUUCCGGGCGGGGCAGGUGGCGUACCUGGAGAAGCUCCGGGCCGAUAAGUUCCGCGCCGCCUGCAUCAAGAUCCAGAAGACGGUCCGAGGCUGGCUCCAGAGAGUCCGGUACCGCAAGAUUCGCAAGACCGCCAUCACUCUGCAGAGAUAUGGCCGAGGAUACCUGGCCCGCAGGUACGCUGAGUACCUGCGUCUGACUCGAGCCGCCCUCGUCUGUCAGAAACAGUACCGCAUGGUGAGAGAGCGCCGCUCUUUCCUGAGGGUGAGACGGGCCGUUGUCACCAUCCAGGCCUACGCCAAAGGAAUGUUCACCCGCCGGAUCUACUGGGAGUUCCUGCUGCACCACAAGGCCAUGAUCAUCCAGAGGAGCGUCCGGCGCUGGCUGCUCAGGAGGAAGUUCAGACGGGCGCGCGACGCUGCCAUCACCAUCCAGUGUGCGUACAGACGGCUACUUGCCAGACGACGACUGAAGCAGCUGAAGAUCGAAGCUCGCUCCGCACAACACCUGAAGAAACUCAACUCAGGCAUGGAGAACAAGAUCGUCCAGAUGCAGAGGAAGAUGGACGACCAGUCCAAAGAGUACCGCACUCAGAACGAGCAGCUGCAGAUAGUGAAUGUCAGUCUGGGGUCAGAGGUCAACAAGCUGCAGAAGGAGCUGGACCAGAUCCGGGGUCAGCAAGGGGAGGGGAGUCAGCUGACCUCGCUGCAGGAGGAGCUACAGAAGCUGAGGGAGGAGCUACAGGAGGCGCACGCCCACAGGAAGAGGCUGGAGGAUGAGCACGGCACCGAGAAACUGGACCUCAGACAGAGGGUGGAGGAGCUGGAGGCUGAAAACUCUCUGCUGAAGAGCGAGAAGGAUGAAAUGAACCAGAGGAUCCUGCAGCUGUCCAACAGCAGCACAGACGGCAGCAGUGUGUCUCAGAGGGAGGAGUCUCUGGGGGCGGAGCUGGACGCAGAGAGGCAGCGGUACCAGAACCUCCUCAAAGAGUUCUCCAGACUGGAGCAGAGAUACGACAACGUGAAGGAGGAGCUGUCCCUCACCAAGUUCCACCCCGGCCACAGGAGGAACCCGUCCAAUCAGAGCAGCCUGGAGUCGGACUCUAACUACCCGUCCAUCUCCACUUCCGAGGUCGGAGACACCGAGGACGCCGUCCAGCUGGUGGAGGAGCUGGGGGUGGAGAAAGCUGCGAUGGACAUCAGUCUGUUCAUGAAGCUGCAGAAACGAGUCCGAGAGCUGGAGCAGGAGAGGAAGAGGCUGCAGCUCAACGUGGACAAGAUGGAGGAGCUCGCCAAGCGCCGGGGCUCGGAGGUGAAGAGUCCCACCUCUCAGCAGGAGACUGCAGAUCUGGCCUACAACAACCUGAAGAGGCAGGAGCUGGAGUCAGAGAACAAGAAACUGAAGAACGACCUGAACGAGCUGAGGAAGACCAUUGCUGAACGUGCGUCUCAAAACAACUCGUCCAAUGAGCUGCAGGACAGCUACAAUCUGCUGCUCAGCCAGCUCAAAGCAGCCAAUGAGGAGCUGGACGCCCGCAAGGAGGAGGUGCUCAUCCUCAGGACUCAGAUUGUCAGCACAGCCCAGCUACAGGAGAAGAACCAACAUAUAGAGGAGAGUAAUAAUGUUCCUGAGGUGGAGAACAGUAAAGAACCCGUGGACAAAGAGGAGGCUCUCAGAGCGUAUCAUGGACUGUGUGACUCUAAAAAGCUGCUGGAGGCCCAGCUGCAGUCUCAGUCCAGGCAGCACAAAGACGAGCUGGAGGCUCUUCACACUCAGAUCGAGCUGCUGAAAGACGACAUUGAGAAGAAGCAGGAGAUCCUCAACUACACCAUGUCUCUUUCCCCGGAGGCGCAGGUGGAGUACAGCGUCCAGCAGGAGAUCACACGGCUCACCAACGACAACCUGGACCUCAAGGAGCUGGUGGAGAAACUGGAGAAGAACGAGAGGAAGCUGAAGAAGCAGCUGAGGAUCUACAUGAAGAAGGUUCAGGAGUUAGAAGCCUCUCAUGCGGCCGCUCAGACCAGCAGGUCCAGACCUGAACUGAGUCGGCAGGUCACGGUCCAGAGGAAGGAGAAGGACUUUGAGGGGAUGCUGGAGUUCUACAAGGAGGACGAGGCUCUGCUGGUGAAGUUUCUGAUCACAGACAUCAAGCCUAACACGGUGUCAGCCACCGUCCCCUGUCUGCCGGCGUACAUUCUCUUCAUGUGCAUCCGCCACGCCGACUACAUCAACGACGACCAGAAGGUGGAGUCUCUACUCACCUCCACCAUCAACGCCAUCAAGAAGGUCCUCAAGAAGAACAACGAGGACUUCGAGAUGACGUCCUUCUGGCUCGCCAACACCAGCCGUCUGCUCCACUGUCUGAAGCAGUACAGUGGAGAUGAGGUGUUUAUGACUCAGAACACAGUGAAGCAGAACGAACACUGUCUGAAGAACUUUGACCUGGCCGAGUACCGGCAGGUUCUCAGUGACCUCUCCAUCCAGAUCUACCAGCAGCUCAUCAAGGUCGCCGAGGCAACCAUCCAGCCCAUGAUCGUGUCGGCCAUGUUGGAGAGUGAGAGUAUCCCCAGCCUGGCGGGCGUGAAGCCGAUGGGUUACAGGAACCGUUCGUCCAGCAUGGACACAGACGCCGGCGGUCCCAGCAGCUACACGCUGGAGGCCCUGAUCAGACAGCUGGGACAGUUCCACGCCAUCAUGAGGGACCACGGUCUGGACCCCGAGAUCGUGGGUCAGGUGGUUCGUCAGCUGUUCCACUGCAUCAACGCCGUCACUCUCAACAACCUGCUGCUGCGCAAAGAUGUCUGCUCCUGGAGCACCGGCAUGCAGCUCCGGUACAACACCAGUCAGAUGGAGGAGUGGCUUCGGGGGAACAACCUGUAUCAGAGUAAAGCAGCAGCAACUCUGGAGCCGAUCAUUCAGGCCGCUCAGCUGCUGCAGGUGAAGAAGAAAACGUCUCAGGACGGCGAGGCCAUCUGCUCGCUGUGCUCCGCCCUCACCACCCAGCAGAUUGUGAAGAUCCUGAACCUAUACACUCCUCUGAACGAGUUCGAAGAAAGAGUCACUGUGUCGUUCAUCAGAAACAUCCAGAACCGUCUUCAGGAGAGGAACGACCCUCCUCAGCUCCUGGUGGACACCAAACACACCUUCCCCGUCCUCUUCCCCUACACGCCCUCCGCCCUGAGCCUGGAGACGCUGCACAUCCCUGCCUCGCUCGGCCUGGACUUCCUCAUCAGAGUCUGACACACACACACACACACCUCACCAUCCUUACAUCAGUGUGUGUCCUGACUGGACAACACUUCCUCCUCCACCUGCCUCAGCACAGACACUACAGGAGGACUCACCUGUGCCCAGAGUCUCUUCUUCUUCUUCUUCUUCUUUUCUUCUUCUGCUUCUUCUUUUUUUUUUGGUGUCACAGACAGGACCUCACAGAAGGAACAGGAAUGUGUCCUGGAGGAUGAAGAAGGUCAGUGAGAGGUGACAGAAAGCUCAGGGAGGUCUCAGCAGCUGUGACAGGUGUUUCAGGUUCUAUAUGAAGAAGAUAAAUAAUCACAGAUGUUUCAACAUCACCCAGCUGAAAUAAAUAUCAAUAAUUCAUCAAUACUCAGAGAUACUUCCUGUAUAAAAUGAUAUUUACUCACAGGCUGAUGCAGGUGUGCUCAGGUCACCUGACACCUGUGCGCAGCUGUUUUAAUCAGCCACAGGUACGUGUUGUGUUCAGGUGCUUCAUCUCUCCCCUCUCGCCUGAAUAUUUAAUAUUUAGUCUGAUAAUAGAACAUGAGAGACAAAAGUGAUCAGUGAUCAGCUGAGUCAGAGGUUAAACGACUGAGGACGACAGGAUUCAGGCGUGUGUGAAACGUGAUCAUCACAUCUGUCACAGCUGUAUGAAGAAGGCGACUAAGUGGAGCAGAGCACAGGUGUUCUCACAGGUGUGUUUCAGUGACAGAGCAGGUACCAGGAUGUUUCCUGUUCACUCAAUCGAAAAAUAAUCAAUACUUUUCUUUUGUCUUCCUGUUUUGCCUUUUUCUGAUCAGACUGAUCAGGUGUAUUGAUCAUCAGCUCAGAACACAGACCCUUCAGUCUUUUAUAUUUCUGUUCUUCCUCUGUGUGAUUUGUAUGAUCAUGUGAUGACACUAAUUAAUAUUAAUGAAUAAUGAAAGGGGCCGGCUCAUCGCUGUCACUGUGAUGUCACAGGCUGAUGACGGUGUGAACCCUGAGGUUGAAGGUAGAACUGACGUGUUCAUGAAGCGAGUGGAAUAAACCUGUGAAGAGCUUCACCACAAGAUUUUUGAUCUUUAUUAAAGAUGCAGCAGCUGAAAUCUGUUUCCUUGGGAUGAAAAUCUCUAAGUUUCACGUUGCAGUGAAGUUCUUCACAUUAAACUCUGAUGUGACUGA